CGGCAUUGCAGGUGCGCCCUCCCGGAUGCUGAAGCGGCCACCUCACCAUUACUCCGAUCUAUGCCCAGUCUCAUUGCACCACAACCGACGAAGACCUUGGUUUUUGGAGCGCAUUCCAACAAUUUUAACCUUCUGCAACCCAUACGAUUGUUACUAUAUUCCGUCACGUCUCAGCGGGAAGCUAUCGUGCAAUCAUCGCAAGCCAGCCCGGGCAAUGACCGCUGAUUCUCGCAGGGCUGCAGCAGUGCCGAAACAAAUUGAAAGAGAUGGACCAAAUGAUGGGAGAUGGUGGAAGACUUCCGCUUGAAACAUGGUUCUGGGAGAUGCCGAUAUGCACUAGGUGGUGGACUACUGCCACACUAUUGACCAGUGCUCUCGUGCAGUGUCAGAUGGCAACACCUUUCCAACUAUUUUACAGUUUUCGCGCAGUAUUCGUCAAAUCGCAGUACUGGCGGCUAUUGACGACCUUCCUAUACUUCGGGCCGUUUUCCUUGGAUCUUCUAUUUCACGUCUACUUCCUCCAGCGCUAUGCCCGGCUCUUAGAAGAGUCAUCAGGUCGCUCUCCCGCGCAUUUCUCCUGGCUACUCAUGUACGCCAUGACAAGUCUUAUUCUUCUCUCGCCUCUGGUGUCAAUGCCAUUCCUGGGACAUCCGCUGUCCUCGACACUCGUUUACAUCUGGUCUCGACGUAAUCCCGACACAAGGUUGAGCUUUCUAGGGCUCCUCGUAUUCACCGCGCCAUAUCUCCCGUGGGUACUGAUGGCUUUCAGCUUAGUUCUCCAUGGGUCUGUUCCGAAGGACGAGAUUAUGGGCGUGGUCAUUGGGCACAUAUGGUACUUCUUCACUGAUGUCUACCCACCCCUGCAUAAUGGCUCACGCCCUUUUGACCCACCUGGCUGGUGGCGACGAAUCUUUGAGAGGAGACCAGCCAACGAAGCUGUGGACGGCCCAAACAACGACAUACUGGCCAUGGGUGCCCCUGAACUUGCUGCAGAGGUUCUAUGAGCGUCUCGUCGGCGCCAAUACGACGGGCUAGGCGAAUAAAUAAAGUGGCGUGAGCGGCGGAAGAACAAUAGGAUCGCGGUGUUAACAGUCCUUUCGAUCAUGGUGUCCUGAAUCAAAUGACAGUUUCACCUCCCCAACGAGUGGUUGAACAGAGGUCUGACAGGCCGUAAGAUAGCUCCAGUGGAGAGAGAUACUCGUGCGAGGUGAUGCAGAAUGCAUGCUUUCGCCUUGCUCCAUGCUACGGCAGCGGAGCUUAUGACCGAGAGACCGAUUACAGCCCGGUUGACUUGGCAGACAACGAUAACAUGAACGUCAGCAAGGCAACCUAGCGAAUUUUUCCUAGGUAGUUCAACUAGCUCUUGCACAAAUCAUUCAU